GCUUUAGGAGAAAUUAACAAUAGAAGUUAAAAAUAGGACAUUAACCUCUCAAGGAACACGUAUAAAAAGUGUCAUUUUCAAUAAUAAAAUUUCAAAUUGCAAAUAUCUCAGCUCCCGAACGUUUUUUAACUGCGGUAAACAGCGAAAACUAGAUGGGAUUCCCAAGAAAAUGGUCCGACGGGCCGAGCGUUCCUCCGGGUUUCUCCGAGGGCCGCGUGGGAUCACGUCAGACGCGUGUGUGCGCGUAGCGACGCGCCGCGGCGUCGAACAGGUGGGAACUACUCGUGCUCCGUAAGAGCAGCGUCCCGAGCGGGAACGCGGCGUGUCUCCUCGGUCUUUUAUCGACUUUUCGCGCGUAUCUGCGCGUCGAGAGAUAAGAAGGGAAAUGUGUCAUCCCCGUCACCCGUCAUAUUAUCGUAGAUCGCGGAUCGCCUCAGGCCUCUGAUAGUUUUCAGCGCGGUGCAGGUGUGAGUGAGUGAGUGAGUGAUCGAGUACGUAAGUCGUGCGCGUCCGCCCUGAGCGCAGAGAGCCGCAUCCCGACGAGUCACGCCUUUACCUCGUGGUGAGAUCGAGCGAUCUCCCGGGCGACCACUUCGGCAGUGCGUCACUGUAGGCGGCUCCUCGGGUGCGGCGCGCACGUCAAGACUCUCAGCCCGGUGUGAGCAUCUCUCUCUCUGGUAGUCGGGCAGCGUUUCAGACUCACCCGGCUCUCGCUUUCCUUUCUCCGCACCUCCCUUGUUGUAGCUCCCUUUGAGGUUGUAAGUAAAUGUCUGUCAGCGGGAAGCACGCGUGUAGGUCUUGCACGACGAAAGAGUAAGAGAGAAAGAGAGCUGUGACAUAAUACUCUGGUCAAGUUCCACGAGACACGGAUAGAUGUAAAAGUAUUUGGCCACCCACCUGACUCGGUUGUGACUAAUGUGCUGUUUACCUUUGCAGGAGUUUCAAACUGAUAAGAAUGACGACCAAUCGAGAGGGCGAGACUGCAGUGACUAUCCCGCUGCAGUAUAAUGAAGCCCAUUGGAAAGCCAUUUUUGAGAGAUACGAUCUCGAUGGCGACGGGAAGAUCUCCCUUCAGGAGCUGAAGGAGAUGAUACGCGGGCCGGACUUUUCCAAUGACAUCCCCGCUGGGGUGGUACGUACGAUAAUGCGUAAGGCAGAUCUGGACGAUUCCGGUUACUUGGAAUAUCCGGAAUUUAUAGCGAUGAUCCACAGGAAGGACAUGCAAGGUAUAUUCGGACACUUUAUGCAGCGAUACGUUCAAUCUGUGAUACCCCAACGGCCGUGCCGCGCGAUGAGACAGACUUCCGUGGGCUCUAGGUAUUACCCUCAGCGACAAUUCAGUACUGUAAUGCAUGCCCCCUCAAGCUUCGGCGAUUCUCAGCCGUUUCAGCAGCAAACAAGCACAAUAACGGAAUCUUCUCUGCGAUCUAGCGACUAUCCGGAUGGGCUGUACGAAGAUGAGUACAGCUGUCGACCGCCGGCCGUAGCGAUGAUAAUCAUAUCGAUAAUAGAAAUCAUUUUGUUCAUGUAUGAUGUGAUUAAGCACAAAUCUCUUUCUGUAGAAGGACCGGCGGCUACGUUAUUUAUUUAUAAUCCGCACAAGAGAUACCAAGCCUGGCGGUAUCUAACGUAUAUGUUCGUACACGUUGGAGUCUUCCAUUUGGUCGUUAAUCUACUAGUACAAAUUAUGUUGGGCAUUCCUCUGGAGAUGGUGCACAAGUGGUGGCGAGUGUUGAUUAUAUACAUAGCCGGAGUGGUAGCCGGCUCACUCGGCACAUCCGUCUCCGACCCGACGGUUUACCUGGCCGGCGCGUCAGGCGGAGUAUACGCGCUGAUCACCGCCCACGUGGCGACGAUUAUAAUGAACUGGUCGCAAAUGGAAUUUGCCGUCCUGCAGUUGUUAGUGUUCCUCGUAGUCACGAGUGUCGAUAUCGGCCAAGCUGUGUGGAAUCGUUACGUCCUGGACACCAAUGACCAGGUCGGCUACGUAGCCCACCUGGCCGGCGCCAUAGCGGGCCUUCUAGUAGGUAUAAACGUAUUGCGAAAUCUCGAGGUGAAGACUUGGGAGAAGGUUGUCUGGUGGGCCAGCAUGUUCACUUACACAGGCCUCAUGACCGCCGCUAUCUUGUGGAACAUAUUGUACACAUCGUAUUACGAAUCAUGAUGAUCGAGACUCGUCGACAACUUGCUUGCGCGUAAUUAGACUCAUUCGAUUCCCAUCGAUACGGUAGGAGCAAAUCGCAUCGCCAUCGAGAUCAAUAAAGCGACAGACGAAGAUUACAAUGUCGGAAGAGAUUUGAACUGUACACUUGCACAAGUUCGCUAGACGCUUCGCGUUUAAUACCAGAUAAAUAUCAACUUUUCAAGAUACCUAAGGGAAAAUUGUGUAUUUUUGGUACGGAUAUUGUCGCGAAAAAGAUGAGUGCCUCUGCAAAUAUCGCGAUAUCGCUGUAUCUGUAAGUAGUAUUAAACAAUGCAGUAUUUCUUAAGUACCGUUGUCGAGAGCAAAUAGUAGAACACCGUAUUCUCUGUGAUACUUUUGCUACGUGUGCUUGCGAGUUCGAUGAAUCGCGAAACUGACAAAACUAUAAGCUAUAGAAUUUUUCUACUCUUUAAGACUAUUUGCGUCUCAUUGUUCGGAAUAUCGUGAAGAAUGUACUACCUCCGCUGAUAUACGCGUACCAUGAUAAUCAUCGCGCAUGUAAAUCACGCAUUAAUCCUCUAGUGAUACUUCGUGCGUUACGUAUACAAGCGCGAAAUUAUAUCUACAAUUCCAACAAGGUGCGUAAAAUCUAAGAAAAGAAUUACAUCAUACUGAACUACAAAAUAGUAUCGGACAACGCAAUUACGUACUACAUUUGAAAGCGUAAUAUUAUUGACGCUUUCUCAUCGAAUUUGAACAUGCCUCGUGAUUAAAAUUCUUGUUUCUUUGUUGCCGUGAUUAUUUUGAUUAAUGACGUUAGAAACGAGAAAAUACUCUUACAAUCAGAAUUCUUACCGAGUACAAGUUGAAAUAAAAAGAUACGUGUAUAAAGUGACACAAUGUUGACUUUAUGAUUUUAUUGAUUAUUAACUAUUCAUUAUUAUUAUUAUUAUUAUUAUUAUUAUAUUUAUAUAAU